AUUUAAGUAUAAAGUUGUAUUUAUAUUACAACUUUAUAUAAUUUACAUUUAUAAAAUUGUAUUAUUACACUUAAUUUGUUGUUAUAUUAGUUUGUAAUUUGUUUUACUAAAUUUUCAAUUAAAAAUGGAAAAACGUUUAUCUAUAGAAAGUGAACAGUCUGCUCGAUUACAUUUGAUUGCACCUAGGACAUUUUCUAACCAGUGCAAUAUUAUGAAUAAAGGAGCGGCUGAUUGGUCUGAAAAUGGACUUUUAGCUUAUGGAGCACAUAACCUUGUAGUAGUGAUUGAUUCUAAUAAAGUUAUUCCAGUUCAGUGUUUUACCUACCACAAAUCAGCAGUAAAAAAACUUUUAUGGGUUCCAUUUGACAGUGAUUCAGGAGCAUCAUCAGAACUCGUUUCUGCUGAUUUUUCUGGUGAUAUUGCUUUAUGGGAUGUAUGUCGAGGACGACUCAUUACAUGGAUAGACUCAGAACAAGCAAAACCUGUUAUUGGAUUAGGAUGGUUACCAUCAUCACCACAUAAUGAUUUAUUGUUAGCUAUUCUUCACUCUCCUUUCACAUUUUCUGUAUUUGAUGUCCGUAAAGGUACCAGACUAUGGAAGAAAACUUUUGUUGAGACAAUUAAUGACUUUGCUUUUGAUCCAUUUCAUCAACACAAAAUUGCAUUUUUAUGUUCAGAAUGUAUAUUACUUUUUGACAACUUUGAUAGAAGAACUACUCUUAAUGGAAAUGGGAGAAAACUUUAUAUUUCUAACAGUGCUACAAGCGAAAGUAGUAUUGUAACUGAAGAAUCUUCACGUCCUAGAACUAGGUUUAAAAGAUUGAUGAAAGGAUUAGUACUUGGUGAAUCUCAACAAAAGGUUGAUUCUACUUUAACAGCUUAUGAAUGUAUACAGUUUACAUAUCAUAAAGCUUUACGAAAUCAUAUUCUUCUUAUGUAUCAGCAUGAUAUAAUAAUUCUAGACUUAGAUAUUAGUAUGACUGUUGGUGUAAUUAGUAUUGAUCGAUGUCUUUCUCCUUUUAUACAGAUUUACUCAUGCCGACAGCGUGAUGUUGUGUUUUGCCUUCAAGAAUCUGGCAGUUUAUCAGUAAAACUUAGGCGUAAACCUAUCGCUAAUUAUUUAAAUUCACCCAUGGAUGCUUCUCCAAUAGCUGUAUCUGGAAAUGAAUCUUCGACUGAUACAUAUUUAUGGUAUGAACAUAAAGCACAAAGUGAAAUUAUUAGGCAAGCGAAAAAUUCAAAAGUACUCGGAUUUGUUGUUUGCCCAAUUACUGAAAAACAUUGCGCUGUAUUACUAAGUACUGGUAAAGUAAUGAUUUUUGAAUUGGAGAAAAUCAUGUCAACAUUCAAUGACACAACAUUUUAUCUAGGUCGGCAUGAUGGUCAUAAAAUUGCUUUAUGCAAUACAUUUCCUUCAUUUAAUGAUAAUCAAGGUUUAAUACCUAAAGUUCGUUUAUACCCUCGUAGUAUUUUACCAAGUCUGGAGUCUACAUUGAAUGUCAUUAAAUAUUGUCCACCACUGACUUCUACCAAUAGAACAAAAUAUAAACCUCUUUUAGCUGUGGGUACUGUUUCUGGAAAUCUGGCUAUUUUUAAUUUAGCCACAGGGCUUAUGAUGAAAGAGUAUCAUGUCCAUUCUCAUCCAGUCAGGGGUAUUGAAUGGAUAUGUCAUGAUUAUUUAUUUUCAUGGUCAUUUUAUUCAUAUACUUCAAAUACUAAGAGUCAGGUUAUAGUAACUGAUAUUCAAUGUGGACUAUCUACUCCCAUAAGAAUAACCAAAUCAGAUGAACCGCCAAUUUUAUUUAUAAAAGUUUCACCAUUAAAACAGUAUUUUAUUAUAGGUAUAAAAGAUGAACCUAUUGAAAUUUGGGAUUUGAAAUCAAUGUCAAUGUUAAGUAAAAUGUCAAAAAGGUUUCCUCCUGCAGUUUGCAUGGAAUGGGUUCAAUGUCAUAUGCAAAAAGGAAAGAAAAGUAGUUUAACUACUCCUAUUAUUGAAGAAAAUGAAAUUGGAUCGAAAUUUCCAGAAAGUUUAUUAGUUUCAGAUAUUGUUGGUAAUCUUUAUGCAUUUUUAAUUGACACCAAUAGUUUUCUAAAACCUGGAACAAUGAUUGAACCUGGAAUAGUCCUGAAACCAAAUGUAUAUUUGACAAGCAAGUUGAAUGUUGCGUUAUUAGCAGAUAAUGAUGGAGUUUUAUUUGUAUGGGAUCUUAGUAAUCCUACUGAUAAACAAAAACAUCAUAUUAAUCGUAUUGAUAUUGUUAAAUUGAAAUUUGCUCCUGGGGCAGGAAACUUUAGAUUCUUAUGUUUGUCUUCUGAUGGUAUUGAUAUUUUAAAUGUUUUUGGGUCUCCACAAUCAAUUGAAUCUAUCUCAACUCUGAAAGUUGAUAAAAAAUUACAAAUAAUUGAUGCUGAUUGGGCUAGUUCUGAACAUCCAGUUAUUCUAUUUAAUGAUCAAUCUAUUCGGGUGUUUGAUCUGAAGUUAACUAAAUCCUUUUCUUCAAUUUACAGUUAUAAAUUUGAUGAAUUACAAGGUUCACCUGUAGUUUUAGAUCGUGAUCUUUGUAGAAUGUUUCAGUUUUGGCUUACAGUUAAUGGUACAAAAGACUUUAAUAGUGAACUGGGAUUUAAUAACUAUGAGUUAUCUUUAAUAAAAAAUGCUUGUCUUUUUAUUCCAUGGAAUGAAAUGAAACUUUGUAAUAAGUUAAUUGAUAGAGCUGUAGUUGUAUGUCAAUUUCUAGGAUUAAAAAAUGAAGUACAAUUUUGGACUGUUGCAUCAUAUUAUGUUAAUUUAAACCAAGAUUCCGUAACCAGUAUAGUUUCACCGUUAGAUUCAUGCUAUGACAUUGUUUGUGACUGCAUGACUUAUAAAAAAAUGCAAUUAGAAAGAGUUUUAUUGCAUGAAUGGAAAAGAGGAGAUUAUAUGCAUAUGCGCCGUGUUGUAGAUAAAUUUAUGUUACUUGGUGAAAAAACUAAAGCCUUAAAUUUACUUUUAGCCACUAAUGUAAAUGAUCCUAAUUAUUAUACAGAUGCAUUAAAGGCAUGCUUAAUUGCAUCGGUAGAUUCAAAUAGUAAUCAAAGUACUAUAAAAUUAGUUGCAACUAAUUUAAUUGCUGACAAUAGGAUUGAUGAAGGUAUUCAGCUUUUGUGUAUGAUUGGUAAAGGAUCUCAAGCAUGUCGAUAUCUUAUAUCUUAUAAUCAAUGGGAACUAGCAGUAUGGUUAGCCAAGUGCUCAUUAUCAAAUGAUGAUUGUGAUACUGUACUUCACAGUUGGGCAGAUCAUUUAUUGACUAAUAGAGAUCAUGAAGGCGCAGUAUUAGUGCUGUUAUCAUUAAAGAAGUUCAAUAAUGUAUUGAAAAUAUUAUCAAAUAGUGGAUAUAUUUACAGGGCUGCAUUAUUAAUAUUAAUCUGUCGUCAAAAUAAAAUAAGUAUUGAUAGUGAAUUAGAAAAAGAAAUAUGUGAAAAACUUAAACGAAAACUUUACAUCAAUGGAGGUGAUGAUGAUACUGUUCAAAAUAUUUUCAAUAAUAAAAUUUAAGAUUAAAAGUAACUUCUGUGAUAUAAUUUUUAAGUAUUUAUUAUAAUUGAAUGAUCAUUGUUAUAUCCUUAGUAAUUUUUUUAUAAAUCCAUUUCUUUAUAAGCUUAUUCAUAAAAGCUGACUAAGAAUAUGGCCUUUAGUGUUGUACAAGUAUUUUUUACAUUCCUUUCACUAUAUUCAAUUUAAAAGAGAUGUUAUUAAAAACUACUAUUUUUAUUUUAUUACAUUAACACUUGAUUUAUAUUUUAUCAAAAUU